ACUAAUAGGAUGUGCGAGCCCCUUUCAGCGCAACAAUAGACAUCACCAUUCGGUGCUGCAGAUAAGGUUCGGCAUGCCGGGCCUGUUGCUCACUUUUACGGCAGGCUCAAUCAAUAUAAUCCGCUUUCUCUGGCGAUGUACGGAGAGCAGGCCGACCCCGCUGGGAUUACAGAACGCUGAUCCUGCCAAAGCGUCCCCGCUCACUAGUCUUGCGUGAAGAAACUAAGCGUAACGUGAACCGCCAGACAAAGCCGCCAGGCGGGGCGUGUCAGGAAAAAUCAGGUGAAUGCAGAAGAGUGAGUAUGGCGCCCUCCCCCUGUUCGGGCCCCGCCAAGACAGCGGCAGCAGUGCGGAGUGCCGUGCGCUCUGGGGUGUGAUUGUCUGCACGUCUGUAGUCUGGUGGUGGUUUGGGAGUUCAUCCUCGGGGUCUUCGUAAACACAACACGGACGCUUAACACAAGGUCGGGUCGGGGCCGAGUGCGCCUGUACAGACACGCACACACCUGUGUAGUAGUAGGAUCCCGAACGCGGAAGCGGGACAGCAUUUCAACACAUCCCGGGCAGGUGCAUCGCAGCGGGGGAGUGUGUGAGUGAGGGCGAGCGGGAUUCGAACCCGGGAUCUCUCGUACCACCAAAGGGCUGCUGACAUGCGGUUGGGCUCGGCCCGGCAGAGGUUGAGAUGCCGCGCGCAGACAAGGGUGCCUUGCCGGCCGGCAAGAAGAUCAGCGACUUCAUCACACGCAUCACCGUAAACCUGGACGACGAUGAACAGGAAGACACGGGGGAUGUCUUGACACGACAGGAGAAGGAACUUCACCAGGCAGCCAGGAAGAAUGACAUCAAACGGGUUCAGGCAUUGCUGUCGUCAGGGGUCAACGUCAAUGCUGGGAAUCAGGUGGACAGAACGGCUCUGCACUGGGCAGCUGGAAAUGGCAACACUGAGAUUGUCAAGAUGCUGUCCAGCCAUGAUGCUAACAUUGAUGGGGAGGACAAGUACGGAAUGACGGCGCUUCUGUGGGCAGCCUGGUUUGGCUACAGAAACACCGUUGGAGCACUGGUCUUCUCUGGCGCCAACGCAACUUGUGAAAAUAAGCAAGGGCUAAACAUCCUGCACUGUGCAGCACAGAACGGCCAUGUGGAUGUUAUACAGUUCAUCCUGGAGGAUCUGGAGAGUUUCGACCUCAAUGGGAAAGAUAAGAACGGCAAGACUGCCUUCCACAUUGGCGCGGAGCAUGGUAAGCUGGAGCCAGUUGAGUACCUCAUCGGCGCUGGGUGUGACGUCAACGCCAGAUCCAAGGAUGGGAGCACAGCUGUCCACUACGCCUCCAAGAACGGCCAUCCUGAGGUCUUGACCAAGAUUAUCCAGGCUGGGGCAGAGGUCAACGAGAGAGACAAGGACGGCAAGACGCCGCUGCAUCUGUCCGCAGAGGAGGGCUGGAUCGAUAUCGCUGAGAUACUGCUGGACAACAAUGCAGAUGUCAAUGCAGAUGCCCACAAAUGUACGCCUGGAGCUCAUCCAAAGAGAGAAUUUGUGAAGGGCCAAAAGCCCGUUGAUGUGAAAAAAGAAGUCAGCCCCCUACACAUGGCAGCUCAGAACGGUCACCCACGGGUCUCCAAAAUCCUCAUCGACUACGGAGCUGAUGUGGACUCCAUGAACCAUCACCACAUGACGGCCCUCCACCUGGCAGCCCAGUCCAACUGGUACGACGUCUGCAGGUUGCUGAUCGAGUCUGGCUGUGACAUCAACGCACUCAACGCCAGGACCCAGACUCCGAUUCACCUCGCCUCUGAGAAUGGACUCAAUGAUGUCUGUGAGAUGCUACUGAAGGCUGGAGCAAAGAUGGACGUCGCUGAUAAGCAAGGGAAGAACCCACUUGGAGUAGCAGCGAGAGGAGAGCACAUUGCCAUUGUGGACAUGAUGAUCAAGGCAGAGCGAUACUAUGAAAUGAGAAAGGGUGUUCCAGAGGAUCAAGAGGAGUAUGAAGAGUUCUACGAAGACGAGUUAUUUGCAUACUUAGAAGAGGACGAAGACGAAUACUCAGACGAGUACUCUGACUACGAAGACGAUGACGAAUUUGAAGACGAACUUGUCGACGAACUUGACAAGGGGGGCAAGGCCGAGGGUGACCACGUGGUGGACGGGAAGGACAAGCUGACCCCAAACAGUCCGGACCGGAAGGAGAGCGAAACAGGAAGCAGCAGAGCUAGCGAUACUAGUGGCUACAGGUCGGCCACGCGGCUGCGCAGGAGGUCCCACAACCUGGACGGGGAGGAUUUCGACGAAGAGUCAGCUGAUCUCAAUGGCCAUGACCCCUACUCCGCACCCAGCGAUGACUUCAAGGACGAGGACGAGUUCAGCGAGGGGGAGGAGUUCUCGGGAACGUACGUCUCGGAAGACUCGGUCACGAUCAAGGCACCGCAGAAGUCCAGACUGAGGAAGGUGUCCUUCCGCCAGGACCGGUCCUCCGAGACGCAGCACAUCCGUAACAUCUGCUUCAAACUCGCCACCAAGUACCUGAAGUCUAACGAGUGGAAGAGACUAGCCAGGAUCUGGAAGUUCAGCGAGGGGCACAUCAAGGCUAUUGAGCAUCAGUACGCGGGAACCAACAGCUAUCGCGAACAUGGCUACAGAAUGUUGUUGAUCUGGUUGCACGGUGAAUGCAUUGCCAGAAACAACCCCAUCAAAGGCAUCUACGAAGCACUACUGACCAUCGACAGGAGAAAACUGGCAGACGACAUCAGAAGAAAAGCGAACGCCGAGGCCUCCCAGUCGCCGAGGAAGUGUGCCGUCUCCUGACCCACGUGACUCACCAGAUGCCUUUGUAUCACCACGCAAGUGCAACCAUGGGCUAUGUCGUCAUUGGUCAGAGCUUCGCCUGCCCCGCGAUGUGCUCAAGCCAGCUAUCCUGACCUCCUGAGAGAGGGAAAACGUUUUCACGCGAGACCGCGUGAAGAUUCCACUGGGACGUGCAAAAAUAUCUGGUAUAGUCUCCUCUGCUCGUGAGUGUUGCAUUCGGGAGAUGUGGACUACAGAAUUUUGUUCAGGUGUAGCUAUAGAAAAUGCGUAUGGUAGAGUGUUUUCACUGGAAGGUUAUAGGUGAAGGGAAUGUGCAAUGUUUUAUUAACAAGGUUUGGUAUGUGUAUAUGAGACAAAAAAAUUUAUCAAAUGAAAUUGGAAGCAAAUGGGCCGCUUGGCAUUGGAAUGCCAGCAUUAACCACCCUCAAAAGGUGCAUUGUUGUACCAUCAAUGUAAGUGAAGAAAUCGUGCACGAACUAAGAAUAAAGAUUAGAAUGUCUCAUAAAUGUUACAGAUGGACUCUUCCAAACUCUCUGGACCAGAAGAAUAGAGAGCUCUGUGAUAAAUGUGUAAAAAGAACAAAUGCAUUGCACUGUUCAAUAUCUGUCCUAAGGUUGCAGUAUCAAGGUCUAGACUGGAUUUCUGACUGUUGUAAGGAUGUAGGACGGUAGAAACGGAAACAAGAGAGUUUUUUUUUCUGACAGAAACAAAAAUGUACAUAGAUUUUGGUGCUUAGUGAUCAAUGAAAAAGUUGAAGUCAAUAUUGCAAGGAAUACAUACUAGAAUAUAGGAUGCUUUCUUUGUCACAAACAGUUUUGCUGGUGUAAUAAGCUGUACAUUAUUGCAGAAUCUAAUGUCCUCUUGAGCAGGACUGAGUCAGAACAAUGUUGGUAAUUCUACUAGAGCCAAAUUGAUACAACUAUAAAGGUUCAACCACAGUCCAAAGUCUUCAAAAAGACGGAGCGAUAUUUAUAAUCAAAUGAAUGUUGCACAAAAACGCAAACACAGAAAUCUCCAGGUGUCUUACUCUUUAUCACUUUUGUUGAGAACAAUAGAAUAAUGUCACACAGAGGAAAGGUAAAUAUAUCGUUACAUGCUGAUCUAGCAGCCUUUCCGUCAACCAUACAUGUAGAUAUGAUUCAGUGUAUGUGGGAAGAAAGGAAAGUAAUUAAUGUAGCAAAUUUUAAAAAGAAUUUGAGUCAAAUUUGUGUUACAUCUCCUUUCCACUAGAGUCUGUGACCACUGCUGACCAAAACAUUUGACAGGUCGAUGAACAGAUUUCUUAGACAAAGAACAAAUCUUUUUUAGUUUUGUGCGUUCAUUGCCUUAAAUCUUUAUUUUCAUACUUUUAAAUUGUGAAUCAUAUUUCAAUUUGAUUAAAAUGGUAGCCCAAAUCCAAUUGUGGUUGCUCACUGCUAUUGCAAUCCGGUGGAAGUUGGGACCAGAUUGAGAUAA